AUGAAAGAAAAACCAGAUAUUAUAGUUGUAGGUUUACAAGAAUAUACACCCAUGCCAUGUUCACUUAUUAAAGUUAAUAACAAGAGAUUAAAUUAUUAUUCAAAACUUAUUGAACGAGCGAUAUCACUUGGUACCAAUAAAGAAAAUUAUACACAAUUAAUGAAAGAUGAUUAUGUUGGAUUAGCAUUGUUUAUUUAUGUCAAAGAUCGUUUCACCGGAAUAAUUAAAAAUUAUGAAAUUUCCAAAGCAGGGGUGGGACCUUUUUGGAUUGGAAAUAAAGUAUUAUGUUUCGUAGUAACUCAUUUAACACCACAUAAUCAUAAUACGCAAAGACGUAAUCAAGAUUUUAAAAGUAUUUGUGAAAGAAACCUUGAUCAAUUAACUAGAGAAGUUAAAUCUGGUAAAGUUCUUCAUGGAUUUGAAGAAGGGGAAUUAAAUUUCUUACCAACUUAUAAAUAUCAAGUGGGAAGUAAAAAUGAAUUUGAUGUUAGUAGUAAGUUACCUGGAUGGUGUGAUCGAAUAUUUUAUUAUUGGCAUCAUGAUGGUAAAGAAGAAGAUAACGAAGGUUUCGAUGUUGAGGAGCAGAGUAAUAAUAAUAAUAAUAAUAAUCAAGAUUUAACAGGAGGAAAAGAACCACCAAUAAAAUUAAUUUCAUAUUUAUCACAUCCUUCAUAUACUCUAUCAGAUCAUAAACCUGUAUCCGCAUUCUUUAUAAUAUCAACUUUACCAUCAUCUCAUUCUUUUUCUUCCAUUACAACAUCUUUUUCACCAUUUAAAAUUGAUCCGAAUAGAAAAAGAAAGUUUUUGAUUGGAGAAAUUGUAUCUAAAAUAUUAGGAUUUGGAUGGUGGUUAUUUGGUACUUAUAAUGGAAUUAAAGUAUUUUUAUUGUUAGUUAUACUUGAAUAUUGGUUGUACUUGGUGUGGAUAAACAAAUUUUGA